AUCUCUUUUCUUGCGUUUGAGAGCGAAUUCGCCUCGUGCGCAGCUUGAUCGAGGGAGCUCAGAAGCAAAGGCCGAGGGGGCAAAAAAAAAAAGAGAGAGAGAGAAAAAUGGCAGCAAUGGCUGCGCUUCAGAGUUCAAUGGCGGGACUUUCUCUCUCUUCUUCUUCUUCGUUUUUGGGGCAGCCCUUCAUCCCGUCUCUCGCCUCGCCAUCGGUCACAUUUGUGGAUAAGCCAUGUACAAUAGUUAUGAAGCUUAAACGUUGGGAGAGGAUAGAAUGUAAACCCAACAGUCUCCCUGUACUGCACAAGAUGCAUGUUAAGCUCGGAGACACUGUGAAAGUUAUCUCAGGCCGUGAUAAAGGUAAAAUUGGUGAAAUUACUCGGAUUUUCAGACAUAACAGUACUGUCAUUGUGAAAGACAUAAACUUGAAGACAAAGCACAUGAAGAGCCGAGAAGAGGGAGAGCCUGGGCAGAUUGUCAAGAUUGAAGCAGCUAUUCACAGCUCCAAUGUGAUGCUAUAUUCAAAAGAACAAGAGGUAGCUAGUCGAGUAGGGCACAAAAUUCUUGAGGAUGGAAGCAGGGUUCGUUACCUCAUCAAGACUGGUGAGAUAAUUGAUAGUGCUGAAAACUGGAAGAAGGUGCAUAAAGAAAAAGAGAAAGAGAAAGAAGAAAAAGCUACUUGACGUCAGGUUGAAGUCAACAUCACAAUGUAUGUAAUAUCUAAUUCCUUCCGAACAAUCUCUCUUGUCAAUUCCUUUUUUUUUUCACAUUGUAGCAUUUGCCACCGUUUCAACCUUUGUUGUUGUUAGCAAUAUUACUUAUCAAAGUCUAAGUUUUUCUGCUUUACAUGUCGCAAUAUACUUGCAAUGAACUUGUUAAUAAACUUCAUUUUGGAUGCUUUAUGUUU